AUGGAAGUAAAUUGUAAUAUAGUAAGAGUUGUGGUGAGACUAGGUAAGAUUCGUACUGUCAUUAAUGCCAUUGCAUUCGACAGAGUUAAUUCUAGAAUCUAUUCUCCAGGAUUAAGUAAGUCAGCUGCGUUCUUGAAGAGUAAAGGCAUAAAAUUAGCAGAUAAUGAUUUAAAUUCAGAUGAAGUAAAUGGUAUAGAAUUAGUCAUUGGAGCUGAUUACUAUGGAAAAUUCAUUCAGAACAGUCAAAUUUGCUCUGGAAUACAGAUAUUGAAUAGUUCUGGUGGUGCACUAAUUUUUGGACCUCUUCCUAGUUGGUCUUAUGACAAUGUAGAAUCUAAUGAGAUUACUACAUCAAAUGUAUGUUGUUCAAGAGUAGAAGUAGAGGAAAUCCCUAUUAAUUCUUGUUGUGAAGUUAGAAAAUUAUGGGAUUUAGAAAGUGUUGGUAUUCGUCAAUCUGAAAUUAGUCCUGAAGAAAGAGAACCAGAUAAGUGUUUUAAGGAUAAUGUAAAAAGGGUUGACAAUAAAUAUGAGGUGUCCUUACCAUUUAAAGAUGAAAGUAGACGGCCUGUUAACUAUAGAAUAGCCAUUGGUCAAUUAAAUUCCUUGUUACGUAGAUUCGAAUCUGACCCCUCCUUGUAUGCUCAUUAUGAUAAGAUUAUCAAAGAUUACGUCCAGUCUGGGCUUAUAGAAUUAAUUCCUUCAGGCUCCCCUAUUACAGGGCAUUAUUUACCCCACCAUGCUGUACUGAAGGAUUCAGAAACAACUCCCAUUCGAAUAGUUUUUAAUGCUUCUUCAAAGGCUAAAGGAGAACUUGCCCUGUUGAGUUUCCGUACAAACCCAGUAGCUGUGAUUUCAGAUAUCAGUAAAGCCUUUUUAAGGAUAGGCAUUUCACCUGACUGCCGUGAUUAUUGCAGAUUUCUAUGGCUAACUGAUCCUUCCGAUUUGAAGUCUACUGUAACUUACCGGUUUUGUGUAGUUUGUUUUGGAGCUACAUGUUCCCCCUUUCUCUUGCAGCAAACCCUCUUGCAUCAUUUAUCUUUACAUGAUAAUCCCCUUGCAUCAUCUCUGAUGAAGAAUUUCUAUGUAGAUAAUUUUAGUAAAACCUACAAGGAUGUGUCAGUCUUGAUGGAUGAGUAUCCAGUAAUGCGAUUCUUGAAGACGCUAAUAUGCCUCUACAAGAAUGGAAAUGUAGAAAGUUUAAAGUUUCCUAGGUUUGUUGUACAUCCUGAAUGUUCCCACUUACAUGUAUUUUGUGAUGCCUCUAACAAGGCAUAUGGAGCUGCUGCCUAUGUGAUUGAUUUCAAGAGAAGUGUAAGCAAUUUACUGGUCAGUAAGUGUAAAGUGGCACCCAACCCUAAACAGACUAUUCCGCGUUUGGAAUUGACAGCCUUGUCCUUGGGUGCGAAACUUGCUGGAAGAUUAAUACAGAAUGAUGAUUUAAGAGUGAGUUCUUGCACUCUCUGGAGUGACUCCAUGGUUUCUAUUUGUUGGGUGAAGAACAAUAAUAGUAAAAUUCCUUAUGUACGAAACAGAGUCACUGAAAUUAAUGAAUUCAAGUUUCCUCUACGAUAUACCCCCUUUAAGGAUAAUCCAGCUGAUAUUCUAUCCAGAGGUAUUAAUAGUAAAGAUUUAGCACAAAAUUCCUUAUGGUGGAAUGGCCCUAAAUGGCUUUUAACUGGUGAUUAUCCUCAAUCUUUAGCUACAGAAACUGUGCAUGUUAAUGAAAUUCUUUCAGAACCUAAGUUUGUUCACCCUCCAACCCCAUUAAUUGACAUCCCACGUUAUAGUAAUUUAAGUAAGCUUAAACGUAUCAUGAGGUCAAUAUUGCUUUUCCUUAAUAAGUGCAGUAAAGGUUCUAAGUUUGUUGUUAACGAAAUGAAAGCACUUGUCCUCCUUGAACAGAAGCAACAUUUUUCUACUACCACAAUGUACCUCUGUGAUAAGAAUUCACAUGGAGUGUCCAUGGAUGUUAAGAACUUGUGUAAUCAGUUAAACUUAUUUGUUGAUGAAGAAAAUCUAGUUAGGUCUCAGGGUCGCAUGAAAAACGCUUCCAUGUCUUAUGAUACUCAGUGCCCAAUGUUAUUGCCUUCCAGAAGUUAUAUAACAGUGUUGAUAGUUGAACAUUUGCAUAGACAUCAUCACCAUUGUGGUGUCAAUUCUGUACUGGUAUUGUUGAGAGAAACCUUUUGGGUACCUAAAGCACGACAAGUUAUCAAAUCAAUUCUGUCCAAGUGUGUUUUGUGUCAGAAGUUAACCAAGAAACGGUUGUGUUUGCCCCCUCCCCCGCCAUUACCCACAGAAAGAGUGAGAUAUGAUAGACCUUUCCAAUCAGUAGGAGUUGAUUAUACCGGUGCUAUUAAUGUUUUUGAUCAUGAGACUGGCUUGGAGGAGAAGGUCUUUGUAUGUCUAUUUACCUGCACUGCGAGCAGGGCGGUUCAUUUUGAAUUGACUCAUUCCAUGACUGCUUCCGAUUUCCUACUGGCUAUUCGACGCUUUGCAGCGUAUCAUUCUCUGCCGAGUCUGAUUAUAUCUGACAAUGGUAGGAAUUUUGUUGGAUUUAAUAAUUUCCUGAAGGAAAUUAAGGAGGAACCAGAGUUAAAGUCAUACCUUGAAGGCAAUGGUGUUAAUUGGAAGUUCAUUACACCGCGAGCCCCCUGGUCUGGAGGCUUUUAUGAACGCCUUGUUGGUGUUCUAAAAGGAUGUUUGUCCAAGGCCUUGUAUCACAAACGUGUAUCCUUUGAAGAGUUGAGAACUCUACUUGAGUUUCAAGCUGUGAUAAAUUCUCGACCACUGACCUCUCUCUCCUCUGAUCGAGAUUGUGAGGCUUUGACUCCCUCCAUGUUACUUUAUGGGCGAAAUGUUUGUAUUUCCCCUCCUCUUAACAAUUUAGCAACUGAUGACCCAGAUUUCAUGAGUUCAAGUGAUCUUAGAGCACAAUAUUUUAAGAUUAUCAUCAGUGCUAAGGAAAUUUGA